AUGGCUCUCUCAAAGCUGCCUGCUUGUUUCGGCCUUACAGAACUAAAAAAAGGAUAUUUUCCGCCGCACCUUUUCAACAAGAAAGAAAAUCAAAAUUAUGUGGGAUUUUUACCUGAGCCUAAGUACUACAAUCCUGAUUGUAUGACUAGUGCGGUGCGAACCUCCUUUUUGGAAUGGCAUAAAGAACACGAGAAGGAUAUAUUUGAUUUCCAAGAAGAAAUUCUCACGUAUUGCCGAUCAGAUGUUGAUAUCCUUCGUAGAUGUUGCGUUGAAUUUAGAAAUCAGUUUUUAGAAAUUACAGGAGUAGACCCCUUUUGUUACAUAACCAUUGCAUCAGCGUGUAUGGCGGUUUACAGAUCCCGACACAUAAUACCUAAUACCAUCGCAAUGAUACCUGUAGGAGGUUAUAUCAAUCGCACGAAUCAUAGUCCUGACUGUAUUCGUUGGCUUGAUUUUAUUGCCCAAAAAGAGAGCAUUGAAAUCGAACACGCUUUGAACGGAAAAGGAGAAAGACGAUUGGAUGGUAUAUCUGUAGACGGAUAUUGCAAAGAAACAAAUACUGUUUAUCAAUACUACGGAUGUUUCUUUCACGGUUGCUCCACCUGUUUUGACGGAGAUGCACUCCACCCCCCAUAA